AUCUGUGCUGGACUAAAGCAGAUGCACAGUUUUGAUCCUUCAUAUGCCCAUAAUGAUGUGAAACCUGGUAACGUUCUGAUAACACAUAGGAAGGGACAGCCACCUCUUGCCGUAGUGAUGGAUUUCGGUAGUGCUAGGCCCGCUAAACUGAAAAUACGUUCUCGUUCAGAGGCUUUACAAUUGCAGGAAUGGGCCGCUGAACACUGUUCCGCUCCAUUCAGAGCUCCCGAGUUAUGGGAUUGUCCAAGCCAUAUCGAUAUUGAUGCAAGAACAGAUAUCUGGGCUCUGGGAUGUACCUUGUAUGCAAUAAUGUAUGGCAUGUCACCAUUUGAGUAUGCACUGGAUUCUGGAGGGAGCUUACAGUUGGCUGUAAUGAAUGCUCAGAUAAAGUGGCCAUCUGGCCCUGACAAACCUUUCCCUGAAUCACUCCAUCAGUUUGUUUCUUGGAUGCUCCAGCCUCAACUAGCCAUCCGACCUUACAUCGAUGACAUAAUCCUUCAUGUCGACAAACUUAUAUCAAAUUUCUCAUAAAAUAUAGAGGUUUUUACCGAUUGGAUUUGUGUUUGUUGUACCUUCUUCUCUUUUUCCUUGUAUGCAUAUUAUUCAUACCACA